AUGAGUUCUCUCCUAGGAGCGGCUCCUGCCCUCCGCGGAGCGGGGAGGCCGCAGUUGUCCGGCCUCAAGUCCCAGCUGUCACCCCGGCCACCACAGCGGCAUUCAGCCGGAGGGCGCGGCCGAACCCCGGAGGCUGGAGAGAUUGAGCCGCCUGAGAAACCAACUUGUGUAACAGCCUCGGGUAAGAAGCCGUUUCUCUGCCGCGCCCCCGCUGCCUCCUCCCCUCGCCGGAGCCCGCCCGUCUCCGCUCCUCCUUUGCAGCCAAUGGCACUAAGCGAGGUGGCUGCAUGUGGUGGCGCGGACCAAGUGCUAAGGCAGGGAGCAGAGGAGGAGGCAGCAGGCGCUGCUCGCCGCUCUCUCCCGGCCGCCGCCCUCCCUUGCGCUGCCCCUCGGUCCCUCUCCCCGGCUGGUACCUGUAGCAUGGACUCGGACUCCGGGGAGCUCAGCGAAGGCGAGCUGGUCUCACCCGCAGGUCCUGAUUGUUUCAGUUCCAAGAAUCUCGCGCUGCAAGCCCAGAAAAAGAUCCUGAGUAAAAUGGCAAGCAAAACUAUGGCUAGCAUGCUAAUUGAUGACACAAGCAGUGAAAUCUUUGACGAGCUGUACAAAGUAACAAAAGAACACACAAGAAAUAAAAAGGAAGCCCAUAAAAUUAUGAAAGACCUGAUUAAAGUGGCUAUAAAAAUUGGGAUCCUCUAUCGAAAUAAUCAGUUCAACCAAGAAGAGCUGGAAAUCGUAGACAAGUUCAGGAAGAAGCUGAACCAAACAGCCAUGACAAUUGUCAGUUUCUAUGAGGUAGAAUACACUUUUGACAGAAAUGUUCUUGCAGAACUUCUGAAUGAAUGUAAGGACCUUGUGCAUGAACUAGUAGAUCGACAUCUGACACCGAGAUCCCACGGGCGCAUCAACCACGUCUUCAAUCACUUUGCAGAUGUGGAAUUUCUAACUGCCCUGUACAGUCUCGAUGGGGAUUGUCGGCCGUACCUUAAAAAGAUCUGUGAUGGGAUCAACAAGCUACUUGAUGAGAAGAUCCUUUGA